AUGAAUGAAUUAUCAGUGCCAAAGUAUUCACCAAAUAUUUAUCAGUAUAUCAGUGGAAUUAUUGAAAAUGCAUUAAAACAAACUGAACAAAUAUUAUUAAAUUUAAAGACACAACGUAAUGAUACAGUGAUAAAUGUUAAGAAUGCAACAGUGAAACUUAAUAAUGAAGAAAAAAAGAAGUCUUCGACAAUGCAUAUGCAAAAUGUUAAACAAACGUCAAAUGAUAAUGAUAAAACAUUGUUAUCAGUGACAAUGCAAUGUCCACAAAAAGUAACCAAUUCAUCAUGGCAAAUUAUGGAUUUAUUAUGUUUUCCGAUUGAAAAUGAGGAACGAAAUUUAAAAUUCACUGAUCGAAUUUUUGUAUCAAUUGAUCAAAAAUCAAUAAUGCUAAUGCGUGAAUAUGAUAAUUUGACUAAUUGCAUUCAUCAAAAAGUGCAAACAAAAUGUAAUCAAUGUUAUCAGAAGCAGAUUAAAAUGAUAAAAUUACAACAGCAACAAACUAAAUUAGAUCAACAAAAGGGAAUAAGCGAGCAAUUUCCGCAGCGACAACAGCGCAUACAACAAAUACAGAAGCCUAAAGCUAAUGAAAAUGGAAGUUAA